CUCCGUGCAAAUGGCGUGAAGGGUUUGUUGUUGUUAUUGUUGCUGUGUGUAAGCGUGAGUGAAGAGAGAAGCUAAAUAACAUGACUAAAAAUGACGCCCUCGUGGGCGAUUAAGAGACAGUGGACGGUUGCAUAAAUCGGUGAAGAAAAAGAGAGCGCGGGCCGAUCGUCUCAUUCGGUUCCCGCUCUCCAGGUUGUAAACACGCGUUGCUGUCACGUGGCCAGCGUAAGACCGGGUUGUUUAAAUUGAUUUAAAAAUAGACUUCCUCCCCCAUCCGGCUAAACAUUAGAUGGCUCCGGCGAAGUCGCGGAAGAUUGCGGUGCUAGGGUACAGAUCAGUCGGAAAGUCGUCUCUGGCAGUCCAAUUUGUGGAUGGACGUUUCGUGGAUUGUUACGACCCUACAAUUGAGAAUACAUUUACUAAAACCUUAAACUUCGAUGGGCAAGAGUUCUACCUGCAGCUAGUAGAUACUGCUGGGCAGGAUGAGUAUUCCAUUUUCAGCUUCUCCCACACAGUGAACAUUCAUGGGUAUAUUUUGGUUUACUCUGUAACAUCUAUGAAGAGUUUUGAGAUGAUUAAGAUAAUUCGCAGUAAACUACUGGACAAAGUGGGGAAAAUCCACCGGCCAUCAUCUCCACAUUAUGCUCCACCUUUUGAACCUCCAUGUUUUUGCCAAAUGUGCAGAAUACCGACAGUGCUAGUUGCAAAUAAGAAAGACCUUACCAAACAAAGAGUGGUGAAAAUUGAAGAAGGGAAGAAACUCGCACAUUCUUGGGGAGCUGCAUUCUUGGAAUCGUCGGCAAAACAGAAUGAUUAUCUGGAAUUCCCCAGGUUCCUGCACUCAUCAACACACAUGGGAAUUUACAGUGGCCAAUUAAACUACCAGCCUGCACGUGUUUGGAACAUGAGAGGGAAGGGAAACCAGUCACGGGGAGAAAGUGCAAACUCCACACUGACAGCAUUUGCACUGAAGCAUGCAUACAUCUGAAUGAACCGAUAGAUAAAGUAUCUGCCUCUGUGUAGAGUGUUUUUACAGUAGUACAUUUUAAGAGAUGUUUUUCUUUAAUUUCAGUUCCACAUCCUGUUUCCAUGUGCAAAGAUCUCUACUUUUAUUUUGGCUGGGAGGAGAGAUGGUGAGCACAGAGAUUUGGUUGAAAUCGGUCACUUUCAUAGCGAAUGGUGUGGUCACUGACAAAGGAACACAUCCCCUGCACUGGUUUAGAAAGUCUCAUCAUCCAAACAGAGGCAGAGAAAUUGGGACAAUUGAAUAGCAUCCUUGCAGGAAACUGGCUGCAGUUGAGAAAACUGUAGAAGUCUGGACUAGUAAUGGAUACCGGUUGCCUUAGGAUGGGGACAGAGCAAAGUAGAGAAUGGGAAGAGAUGAGCCAGAUAUGGACAGAGGAGGGGGAGAACAUAAUUCCAUUCUGUUUUAACAUUUUAUAUUUUGCAACAUAAAACAGGCUAAUUUUCUCACUUUCCCACUUCUGAUGGACCUGAAACAUUGACACUGUCUCUCCACAGCUGCUGCCUGACUCGAGUUUUUCAUUUGGUUUCUGGUUUUGUUCCCUGCCUUUAGAAGCCUAUUUCACCUUAUGAAUAACAUGAUGCUCUGUGAUUGAUUUGGUGCGCAUAGUUAGUUUAUGUGCAAGCAAUCAUGAAUUGGGUGCAUGAAUUUUUUUUUCCCAUUGCCCAACCAUUAAUAGGAAAUACAUUUUCAAUUUGCUGCAUCACCUGGAAAGUGUUUAGAUUCCUGGAGGUGGAUAGAGAUCAAAGGGUAGGUGCUGCAUCUCCUAUGGUUGCAGACAAGAUAGCAGUGUAAAUUGCCUCGCGGCUCAGCUCAUCCAAUGAGCUGUACGUUCCAUGAAAGUACAAUCCUUGUUCUGAGUUGUCUGGUGGUUUAUAGGGACAGCCGAUGUAUGAAUGUUGAAGACAGAGUGUGGUUACAUUGUGAUGUCCUGUUAUUGUAAAGUGAGCUAUCAACAUGUCAUUGUUAAAGAUUUCUAUCAAUAAUGGUUAUUUUGGGUCGUGUUCUGAAGGGCAGUGCCAUGGAAACCCAGUAAAGUCAUUUUGCCUUGCAGAAAGAAAUUGAUGAAGAAGGUAUUGUACAUAAAGCUUGAAAUAUUGCAAAAUUCCUAUUGAAGCUUUAUGAAUUUUUUUUACCACUUUCAGAGUUUCCUUUCAUUGAGGAACUCGGCAAUUGUCUUGCAAUGAAUCCAGCCAAAAUCUAUAUCCUGAUGUGGUUACCACUAAUAGAUAGUAGUUCAGAUUUUUUAACCUAAUUAAAAUAAACUAAUUUUCUAAUGAUAUUCUAAAAUCCAGCGAGUACAGGCCCAGAGCCAUCAAACAGUCAUCAUAUGUAACCAUCCCCAAGAUCAUUCUCUCAAACCUGCUUUGGACCCAAGUGGAAUGGAACAAGACCAUCCUUGGUUCAAAUGCAGCCAUUUAUUUUUCAACAACUAACUUUCAAUUUCGUUUUUCAUGUAUUUCAUUAAGUUGGCCUUUGGUUUGCAGUGACAUGCUUGGUGUUUAUUUUUAACUUUAGCCCAAGCCAGCUAAGUAUGCUUUAUUUUUUCCUAUUUUGAUUAAUACGCACUUCUAUGAACCAACAGAUUUAUCUAUUUUCAAGACAACGACGACUGCCCACUACUAGAAGUGCAUUUUAGUUUAAAAAUACGCAACACAAAAAUAGAAAAGAUGGAACAGAAGAAUCACAGGAUUCAGCCCAGCAACCUACAGAUUAGUGGAACCGCCAAUAAGAGUUGUUCAAUGAGAAAUACUGGGGGGUGUUUCCAUUGCCAGCUAUAAAUGCCCAUAUCUUGUGCAGUUGUAGUCAGGAUUUUUGAUGUAUUUUUCCAAUUGGAGCGCAAGCAGCAGGUGCCAGAGUGGAGAUUGCACUUACAACGUGGUAAGAUCACUCAAUGGAGUUAUCAUUCUGUGGGUUGGAGGAGAAUAGUAAUGAUCACAACUGGUGCCCAGAAUGGAUUGCAAACUCGUUUUACCUGCUACAGUAUCUACUGUUUAUAAGUGUUAAUUCUCCUUGGUGGAAGUUGAUUAGUGAUGAAACUGAGAGAAUGGUAAUUGGUUGCAUCACAGCCUGGUUUGGCAACUUGAACACCCAGGAACGAGGAAAAUUGCAAAAAAAAAGUGGCCAGCGCUGCCCAACAUGGGUAAUGACUGCCCCCCCACACCAUGGAAGGAAACUACAGGAGUCGCUGCCUCUGAAUGGCAGCCAGCAUCAUCAGACAUCCACGCCACACUCUCAUUUCACUCCUGCCACCUGGAAGGUGUAAGAACCUGAAAACGGUAACGUCUAGGUUCGGAAGCAGUUUCCUCAUUACAGCCUCGAAAUAAACUCUGAACUACAUAGUUUAUCCCCCCUCCUCCCCAGUCUAUCUUGUUUGUUUAUUUUCGCUAUGUAUUGAACUCUUGUUUAUUUUGAUAUUUACAGAGUAGUAUACAUUUCUGAUGUGCUGCUAUAAGUAAAAAAAUCAUUGUUCCGCUUCAGGCCAUAUGAAAAUAAAACACUCUUGAUUCGUGAAUUGGUGCUAGGAUUCUAUGUAAUCAGUUCUGAACAUUCAUGGCAAGUGAAAUACUUAAAUUGUCGAUUCCCAGAAGUGGGUAGAGAAACGGGACUGCAACAAAUAGACGCCGGUGUGAAAACAUGCGAAAAGUGGCCUUCAAGGGGAAAAAAAAAACCCCCACAAGACGCAAAGAGAAGCAUUUCCAGCUAUGCUCGAAACGCCGAAGAGUUUUGGUGAUGUAAAUAAGUUUUCUGAUGCAUUAGUAAUGAGGAAACAAACUUCAGCCCAGAAAGCGAAAUAAAUGAUAUGGUGCAGACUGUUGGUACAUAGAAGACUUAACAGCAGUGGAAGCAGAAUUGACGAAAGUCGUCAACUUCCCUUUGUAAAAAAAAAAAAAAAUCCGAGUUGAAGGGGGAAGAGAGACUGUGCCUCUGAGCAAGCCAGGGCAAGCAAAUUGUGCCAAAUGGCUUCUUUGUCCGGUGCAAAAUUACAACUGACAACGAAUGUAACUACCUGGGCAACUCGCUGUUGGACUGCGAGUUGAACUCUAUCUACUAGGUACAAAAACUGAUUUAAGGGAAUGAAAAGGGGAAAUAAACAUUUUACAUGACGAAGUAGGUUGUCAUUUUGCAUUCACUUUUGCAAUCACGUGAAAUUCCUCCCACUUUCCACCAUGGUGGUGGGUCCGAUAUCCAAUGUAACAAACAAGCAAAGAGUCUGAUAAGAAAACAUUCAAUUGACCAGCGCGCACAAAACAUUGCAUCAGUUGCCCAUUUCAAAGGUCUUUCGCCGCGUUUAUAAAAAAAAUAAUGCAAAUCGGUAACUUUUCACGCUGAAUCUCCUUCAACAAACACUUCUUUAAAUGAUUGUAGUUAACACGUUUCACAUAAACACUUCACCAAACGGAUGCUCUGAUGUUCCGCUUUAAAUGUGAGAUUUUAAACUCUGCGGAGGAUUAUACGUCAGAACGCUGCUGCAAAGAGAUUAGGCUGUUCUCCGCCCUAAAAUAAUAUCUCUCCGCAGUAUUGUAUU